AUGUCGACUAAACUGCAGGUCUCGAAGGCGGUGACCAAGAAAAACACAGCCACGGGUGGCCCCGUGCAAAGUCCAGGCAAGGUGCAGAAUGGUACGAAGAAGAAGUGCACGGAGGCUGCACCCAAACCCCGGUCAUCUAGCGGUGACGGCCCUCCUGGUGGCGAGGUUCGCAAGUCCAGCCGCCCUCGAAAGGCGAAAGUGUGGUUUGAGGAAGGGGCGGAUGCUACCGAAGAAGGUGCUGAUCCUGUUAAGUCUGCCGGGAACAACCUUGAUGGCGACGAUGUGGACAACCAGAAACACGAGGACGAAGCUGAGGCCAACGACAAGUCGGGUGACGUGGGCGAAAACGAGGUGGACGAGGCAGUAGACGAGGCCGGCGGCGAGCCGGAAGAGGAAGAGGAAGACUUGGCGGAGGACGAUGCUGAAGAGAAGGCGGAGGAAGAGGAGGAUGACGAGGCGGAGGAAGAGGAGGGUGACGAGGCGGAGGAAGAGGAGGGUGACGAGGCGGAGGAAGAGGAGGGUGACGAGGCGGAGGAAGAGGAGGAUGACGAGGCGGAGGAAGAGGAGGACGAGGAGUAUGAGGAAGGGCAGGGGGAUGAGGACGAGGCUGAGAAGGGAAGUGAGAAAGGCGAUUCGGCGGAAGUGGAGGAAGGUGCGGAUGCGCACAAGCAUCAGAUCACGAGGAAGGCUAGCUUUGACGAGAUGCUGGAAGAGCAGGGUGACGGUGAUGACAAAGACAUGGAGGAUGAGGCUGUGGCUGAGGAACGUGCUAUGCUGCUUGGGAAGCUGAAGGCACUCGAUGAGAUCAAGGAACCCGUUGUCAGCUCGAAGCUCGCUAGAAAGGGUGUGAAACCUCUUCCGCGUUCAGAACCCUCUAAGGUUCCUGCUAAGCCACCACGAGGGAAAGAUGCAGUCACAUCGGCUAAGGGAAAGGAGAAAGUUCUGGCGACCGAGAGUAUUCUCGGUGGGAAGUCGAAACGGGAGUUCGCCUUGGUGGUUGGCGGUGCGCAGAAAAAGCAGAACACCGGUGAAGUGUCGGCCAAACCGAAGUCAACUCCUACGGCAGCAGGCGCUGGGACCAGCGGGGGAAAGGCCAAGGCAGGCGCUGGGGCAAGCGGGGUAAAGGCCAAGGCAGGCGCUGGGGCAAGCGGGGUAAAGGCCAAGGCAGGCGCUGGGACCAGCGGGGUAAAGGCCAAGGCAGGCGCUGGGACCAGCGGCGUAAAGGCCAAGGCAGGCGCUGGGGCUAAACCGACCACUAAGCAGGCCAACACAAAAACCAAAGGUCAGACUUUUGCCGCAUUGUAUAGCACUGCGGGAUGGUACCACUUUUUAUUUGUGGCAUGCUUGCUGAUGUCAUGUCGCUUUCCUCCCUUUCCUGCCGUCGCUUUCCUCCGAUCCAUGCCGUCACCGUCAUCCCAUCCUUGCCGUCACCUUCAUUACAUCCCUGCCGUCCCCUUCAUCCCAUCCCUGCCGUCACCUUCAUCCCAUCCCUGCCGUCCCCUUCAUCCCAUCCCUGCCGUCACCUUCAUCCCAUCCCUGCCGUCACCUUCAUCCCAUCCCUGCCGUCCCCUUCAUCCCAUCCGUGCCGUCCCCUUCAUCCCAUCCCUGCCGUCACCUUCAUCCCAUCCCUGCCGUCACCUUCAUCCCAUCCCUGCCGUCCCCUUCAUCCCAUCCCUGCCGUCCCCUUCAUCCCAUCCCUGCCCAGCUACCAAUCAGUACUCUGGAGCUGCACCACCGGUGAAGGUGAUCACUAAAGCCACCAAGCGCUAUGAGCUCGUCCCCGUCAAGAAAACCCCAUUUGUGGCGGCAUCCUGCAUAGGGAGGUUUAGGGAGGUGAUGCUUUACCUAAACCCCAACUCCCCUCUGCUUGCCUGCCCACUCUCCCCUCAACCCCAAACCCCACUUGCUUCCCCAUCCAGGCAUAGGGAGGUGAGGCUUUACCUAAACCCCAACUCCCCUCUUGCUUGCCUGCCCACUCUCCCCUCAACCCGAAACCCCACCUGCUACCCUAAAUACAGGCCUAGGGAGGCGAACAGGUGCUACUUGGGGAGGUUACCAGCAGAUCUGCUUGCACCACUCGAGUUCUACACGGAUGAGGAGCUCAUUGCACGUUACAAGGAUGGGGAGAGGGGGCUGGCAUGGCAUCGGGAGCUCUUCAUCCCUUUCGGCAGCCUCAUCUUCUCGGUGUCCAUCAAGUUGGCUUUGGCGCGUCGUGGGGUCAAUACCGAGAAGAUUAAGACCCGCCAGCUGGGUUGGAUCCUAUAUGCGUUUGAGUGGCCAAUCCUCAACAACGCGCCUGAUCGGAAGUUGAGCGGCAAGUGGGAGUACAAUCGGAUCCAGUACGAGGAGAUGUGCACCCGUGUGAAGCGGGAGGUCGAGAUCGCUGUCAUUGACCAUGGUGUCCCAUACGCCAGCAACACGAACACAUUCAACUUCCCCAAUGGUGUCUACAUCGACGCGUCUGACAUGGAGACCCUUGUCAGCAGGGUGCAGGUAACAUUGCUGAAUUCCUCCAAUCUCAUCCGUCCCCUUCCUCCCAUCUCAUCCGUCCCCUUCUUCCCAUCUCAUCCGUCCCCUUCUUCCCAUCUCAUCCGUCCCCUUCCUCCCAUCUCAUCCGUCCCCUUCCUCCCAUCUCAUUCGUCCCCUUCUUCCCAUCUCAUCCGUCCCCUUCUUCCCAUCUCAUCCGUCCCCUUCCUCCUAUCUCAUCCGUCCCCUUCCUUCCGUCCCCUUCCGUCCCCUAUGCCUCUUUGCACAGGCUGCACGACCUGCACCAGUCCGGUAGCCGCAGCAUGGGGACAUGCGGAGCAGCAGUGGCAGCAACGGGACAAGCGCGGAGCAGCAGGGGAAGCAUGGGGACAGGUGCGGAGCAGCAGGGGCAGCAGGGGGACAGGUGCAGAGCAGCAGUGGCAGCAUGGGGAUAGGUGCGGAGCAGCAGUGGCAGCAUGGGGACAGGUGCGGAGCAGCAGUGGCAGCAUGGGGACAGGUGCGGAGCAGCAGGGGCAGCAUGGGGACAGAUGCGGAGCAGCAGUGGCAGCAUGGGGACAGGUGCGGAGCAGCAGGGGCGGCAUGAGGACACGUGCGAAGCAUCAGGUGCAGCAGGGGGACAGGUGCGGAGCAGCAGUGGUAGCAGGGGGACAGGUGCGGAGCAGCAGUGGCAGCAUGGGGACAGCCUAA